UUUGUUUUACUGGGAACAACAUUGAGCAACUGGGAUUUACCAUGGAUUCAACAGUUAAAGUGUUUCUCAGCAUCCUUUUGACUUUCAACUUUAACCAUAAAAGUGAUUCUAGUGUGUCAAAGUCUUUAACCAAAAAUGGAUUACUCGAUACAAUGAACAGUUCAAAGGCAAAUUCUGUCGUUAAAAAAGUUUAUCCUCAAGUUGAAACUGUUGUUGGUUCUUCAGUUGAGUUACCCUGCAACACAAGUUCACCUACAGACGAUUCUGUUCAGUUAAUUUUAUGGUUUAAAAGUGCCUACGGAACGGGUCCACCCUUCCUCAAGUUGGAUGCUCGUUCAUCCAAUUCACUUGAAACUGCCUCAAUAACCCUUGCUUCUGAAUACGAGAAUCGCAUUUACUUCAACCUUUCCUCUUCUCCGUCAAUACUCAACAUUAAUCCAGUUCGAGAGGAGGAUGCCAGCAUCUAUUCAUGCAGAGUAGAUUAUAAAUGGUCUCGAACCUCAAUAUCCAAUAUAAAUCUAUUUAUAAUUGUGCCACCAAAUGAUGUCAUCAUUAGUGAUCCUCAAAGUGGCCUCAGAUUGGGUCAAAUAGCCGGUCCUUAUCCAGAAGAUUCACAGUUAAAGUUGAAUUGCAUUGCAAUAGGAGGCAAACCGGCACCUCAACUUGUUUGGUACCUUGAUAAUCAAUUGAUUGACGAUUCUUACCAUUUCAACAAUGAAACUUUUCAAGUCGUUAACGAACUAGUUAUCGAUAAAUUAAAACGUUCACAUCCAGAUUCCGUCCUUACAUGUAAAGCAACAAAUCAUAUUACAAUUCCACGAAUUUCUGCCUCAACUCGACUUGAAUUAUACUUGCGGCCUUUGCAAGUCAACAUUUAUCCCAAGAAGCCUUUAAAAGCUGGACAAAAGGCUGAGCUAACCUGUGAAUCUAAAGGUGCCAAACCGUCAACCAAAUUAACCUGGUUCAUCAAUGGACGAGAAUUGAAAGAAGCAAGGUCUAUUGAUUCAGUUGAUGAAGAGACAACUUCUUCUUUAGUAUCAUUUACUCCAAUGCCUUCACACAAUGGACUUCCCUUGAUAUGUCGAGCCGAAAAUCCAAAGAUAAUUAACAGUAGCCUAUUCGAUAACUGGUUCUUACAAGUUUACUUUCAACCAAAAGUUGCCUUGAAUUUAACCGGUGAAAAUCAAGAAGCGGUUAUCUUUAGUCAAAUUAAAAUGAAAUGUGAUAUCAAAGCGAAUCCAAAUGUAACUGAGAUCCAUUGGUUAUUCAAUAAUGAAAUUAUGAAAUCCGAUACUUCCAAAGGUAUUGCGAUUGAAAACUCAACUUUAACCAUCAACAUUAGUUCAACCAGUCAAGCUGGAAGUUACGAGUGUUUAGCCAAAAACUCGGAAGGAACCGGUAAAAGUAACCCGAUCGACCUCAAAGUUCACUAUGAACCAACUUGCACGGAAUUGGAUUCAAAGGUGAUUUAUGAGGUUCCAAUGGGUGAAACUGUCAACAUAUCUUGCAACAUUGACCCACGAGUGACCAAUGCGACCAUCUUUUGGUGGAAAUUCCUUGCUUCCCAUUUGGAAAGUGAAUCAAGUGCUAUAAAAUCCCAAUCAACUUUAACCUCAACAUCAAUUUCACCAGUUAAACAGUUUACACGGAAUAAAGUGAUUCAAUACAAAGUGAACUCAUCAAGCGAUUACGGUUUACUCAUUUGUGGCUUGGAUAAAGGUUUAAAUGUGAAACAACCAAAUCAAUGUCAAUUUCAAGUUAAACCUUCCACAGCCUUACCUUAUCCACCGGAAAACUGUCAUCUUCGUGAAAACUCUUCAGAUAGCAGUUAUUUGAUUGAGUGUUCAAAGCCAAGCAAAUCAAGUCCAUGGAAAGAAACUUAUUUCCUUGAAAUUCAUGAUCAAGAUAAUUUACCCUCCCAGCCAUCCUCACAACUUUCGCUCUCUUCGUUGUCUUCCUCAUCAUCACCAUUAUCAUCGCCAAUUGUUAGAGUAAAUGAUGAACAGCCUUACUUUAAGAUUGCCAUUUCCGAGUUACCAUCAAAUGAGAGUACAAAUUUUGUCAUUUAUUCUCAAAAUGGAGUUGGUAAAAGUUCACAGGUAUUCUUGAGCAUAGCAAGUCACAAAAUGCUGCAAAGUAAAGCAACUAAUCCAGAAUUGAAUCAUCUUUACAAGUCCUUUUUAUUUCCAUGCAUUGGACUUCUUUCGUUUCUCGGAUUAAUUGGAAUAUCAAUUUACGCAUUCAACUCGAAAAGACGCAAAUCUAUUGUACCACGUGACGAUGAUUCAAAGGCAAGUCCAAAUUUGAGUCGAAAAUCAAAUAAAAUAAGCCCAAAAUCAUCAAACAUCAGAACUCCCGAUGUAAUACCUUUGAGAAUCAAUGAUUCAGUUAAUGAGGCAAUUACUUAUGAUGAAAAAUGGAGCAAAGAGGAAAUGUUGGAUAAAAAUGAGACCGUUUUGGCUACACAAUUAGAUAAUUACAGUCAACAUGGUUAUCCAGAUUAUUCUGCUUCCAAUAUUCAUGUUCAAUUGAUUACACACCCGAUUGACGAUAAUAUACUUGACCAGGAUAAAAUGACCAAUAAAUCUGAUGAUUGCCUUAAUGAUGGUCAAUUUAUUCCGGUUCUCAUUCAAUUCCAAGAGCAUCAGCAUAUCUUAAAGGAUACAUCAAAUCCAAUAAGCUUGAUGGAAACUCGACUUCCAAUGAACAGUGAUAUUCAACCUUAUUCAAUGUCAACUCCGGUUUAAUGUCACAUGAAAAGUUGUCUCCAUUGGAAAUAAAGUCAAUAAUUGUGAACAACAGUAUUCCAUUACUUGGUUCGUUCGUUGACAAUUGGCUGAUUAAUUUGCCUUAAAGUGCCUCCAGAAGAUGUCUUCACAAAAACAACAGAAUACAUUUCAUAAUCAUUUUCGACACAACAUUGGAUUGAUAUUUCCAUUUGCAUUCAAAUUACCAACAAAAAGGAUCCUGAAAAAAGAGUCAGAAAAUAAAAAAGAAAU